GAUAAAUCUAAGAAACUGUCACAUCAAUGGGUGUCGGCUUGUUACGGAACUUCCCAAAUAUGUGAUGUAUGCUCUAAAUUAUUAAGCAAUAAACCUGCCCUUUACUGUGAAUGCUGUGGUACUUCUGUACAUCAAAAUACAUGUAAGGACAAUAUUCAAGAGUGCAUUAAAAUAAAGAACGCAAAGAGUACAAGUAAGUUAUCAGGGUUCGCCGUACCAUUAACGAAUGCGAAGAACUCAAUAUCUAAGCGUGGAUCUGCUUCCGUACCUUCCAACCAGAGUACUCCUGCUAGCCAGAUACUGUACGAUGACAAAGACAGUGGGUCGCAUGGUCAACAUGAUGCUGCCAGCUAUCCCGACGAUGUCCCCAUUAUACCUUUGGAGUUUCUGUCAGACUCUCCACUGACGGCAGCUGAUUUAUGCUCAGAUUUUACCUUGGGAUUACACGAAGCCGAGCCGGAUUCGUGGUCGCCGUACGUCGGUAAAGAUAUAUCGAGGAAAUUAAAAGAGAAAGAAGUUAAACGACAAGAGCAUGUUUAUGAAUUUAUUUUAACUGAAAAGCAUCAUUGUAUGACACUUUUAGUCAUGCAGAAGCUGAUUGAGCUUUUUGAUUGCUCAAAAUGCCCAGAAUUCGCCGGGGGUGUCAGCGAAUCUGACUUUGAGUGGGACCGAAUUGUCAGAUUGCGUGAAGCCGGUCUAUCGAUAAGAGAGGUUUCUGAGAGGCCCAAAAGAUCCUUACGCAGGAUACUGCAGUACAGAGCGACAAGAUCUCCGAUUAAGACUUUUGGCUCUAGGAGGCAGAUUUAG